UAUAGACACCACACAUUCUUUAUGACAUAGUUGCUUUUGCCUGCAUCAUGAAUCCGCUUCAUAACUAAAAAUAUGAACCCAAAAGCGGAGGUGGAAUGGUAGCUAUGUCAGGCAUCUGAGAGCUAAUGCUGAAUGUACACAGUUUGGGACACACAAAGAGCAACUCCAUAGUCCUGAGUGUGCAGUUGCGUAUACUAUUAGUAGAGCGAGGUGACUGAUGGUGUAUUCUGUGAGGAUCAAAACUUUUACUUUGGUGGUGCUCUGGCCAGUGCUAUUGACUAGUCAUGCAGGCUGUGUCCAGGACCAAGCUCCAGGAGAUGGUGUAGCGAUAUGUACUGAGGAGAUCGUUAAUGGAGACCCAAAUCCGUUCUUUGCCAACCGCCCAAUGUACUCUGUCAAUGAACGACCUCUCAUGGACUCAAGAGACUAUAACCGCCUCCUUCAGGAAAGUGGCGACGCUAAUGUACCGUGGCAAAGCCUGGAUAGGGACAAUAACAAUACUAUCGAUCUAGUAACUGAGGUAAGGACAAUUUAUUCACAUACUACGUAAUAUUACGAAAUUGCUCUCCAGUGGAGUCAAACUGGAACAGCCACAUGUGAUGGGAGAGUGGCAGUGUGCGGAUUCAGUGAGGGAGGUCAAGAGAACUGGCUCAUCACACAGCACAUCAACACAGUGCUACCAGGAGGAAAAGUAGAGAGACUGAGGAAAGUGACUGUUCAGUUUGAAGGAACUCUCAAUGGAUGUGAUAUCAGUAGACAGUGCAGGCAGAGUUUUGAACUGUACAAGUGGGAGACUUCAGCCAUUGACAGAAAUGGAGCAACUAACACCAACAAUUAUGUCCGAGUUGGUCGAGUCUCUCCUGAUGUUACUAGUGGAGUAAUGUCCUUUGUUCACUUUUAUGAUAUUGAAUUGGGUACCACAGGUGGUGUUUACUUGGGAGUUGUUGACUUGAGAACUUGUGUUACUCUCACAAGAAUUCUAGUUCUCUACUAUAUGUGUCCAGAGGAGACAUCAGAGCUCAUCUCCAGACCUGAGGCAAUUGAAUCCCAGUCUCUGGAAGGCUCACUUUCAGUGGAGGGAGAGUGUAUAGAGAACAGUUCCACAGAGUCUGGAGCUAAUCCUAUUCUCAUAUGUGGUCCUAGGGGAGAGUGGCAGAGUGUCCAGAGGGAACUUUCUCAUCAGGGUUGGGUAAUGGACCAUGUGAGACAUGUCCAGCUAACAGUGAGGGGACUGGAACUGCUCUGAGCCUCUGUCCAUGUCUCCAGGACUACUACAGAGCUCCUUAUGAGGGGCCGUCCGUCCCCUGUACACCUCAUCCCAUUGUGGCAGAUGGUUGCUGCUGACAGUGUGGUGCUGCCAAACAUAGAAACGGUGGUCAAUCAAGUAGAGCAACUCCCUUGGUGGAGGAGUGCAAAACUAGAUUCACAUUUACAGCUUAGCUUGUUAACUUGUUUGGAUAUUAUGACAGGAUAUGAAUUUCUGGCUCCCAAUAAGUGGUUACUAACCCUGUAGAACCGUGCAAAGUAAGUGCGCAAGUGUGGGCAAAAUUAAUGUGUCCACGACUUCUCUUUUAUGUGCAUUUUUCUGCUCCCAUAGGGACCCGAACUCACGAAUAUUAAAUAAUAAUCGGAAAAAUAUUUGCAUAGUAGUAUCAAGUUUUCAAAAAUGUUGUUGCUCAUAAUUUUGAAAACCAGUGCGUUUACACAAUACCUUUAUUUGGUAGUGUAUGAUGUUUAUAUGCAAUAAUUGAUUACAGAGUCUCCAGGACCUCCAUCUGAUGUCAGAGUGUCAAAUGUGACCAACACAUCAGCCGUCCUCUCCAGGUCUCCUCCUGACAAUGGUGGAGGGAGACCUCUCUAUGAGAUAAUCUACACCAUCACCGCCACUGGUAGGUUUUUGGCGUUGCAUGGUGAGACAAUGAUAGCAAGGUCUCUAAUGACAAGGCAGUUUGUGCCUGUUCUGUAAGAAUGGUAUUGUUUGAACCUUGCCAGUUUAACUGCCCUGGUACUUCAGGUUAGAGCACUCUGCCUAGGCUGCAAAUUUGUGUGGGCUCUGCGAUACCUCUCACUCUACCAAUCACUGCAGCUAACGCGAGUACACUCUCCCCUUUCACUGUGCCGCUCUUUUUUUUGCGCGGGAAUUGAUUCUCUUUGUGUAUGUGCCGCCCGUUCCCCCAUUGGCUGCUCUGCAAGUUCUCUUUGCACGGUAACGCACACUGUACGUAGAGUGCGCUUGAAUGAGUGGGCGUUGCCUUAAUUAGUAAGCGCGCAUCGCGUGGAGUGAUUCUGGGCUUGGCCGGCCGGAAGUCGCUACGCGUCGGGUCCGUAUAUACUCCAGUUGG